UUCCAUUGAUAUCGACAUUAAUGGUUGCCAAAAAUGUAUCGAUAUUAAACCAACUAGUGAUGUUGUUUCUUGUCAGUUUAUCGAUAAGUUUUGUGGCCAGCGAAGGGUUUCUGGCGAAUAGGGAAUUCGGAGCUCGAUAUGAAACGAAUAAAAUCAACAAAGGGAUCUGGCUACGACACCGGCACAGGCCAUCAGACGACCGGGAGAUCUCCGGACACUUCUUCAGAUCAAACUCUAACGAGAACGAGCCGGAUAUCCCGUUUGUAGCCGCUUUGUCUUUGAGGGAGAAACGUUCCACUCCAAGUAAAGGAGGAAAAAGGCACAUAAACAAUGGCAAUGGACUAAAGGAACAAAACUCAGUAUCUACGCUUUUCAACGAUUUUCCUUUAAGUAUAGCAAUGCUGCUAGACAACCCAAACAACAAAAACAUAGACUACAAUGGUUACAGUAAGUCCGCAACAAAAACAGUCUCUGAUAAUGAACAUAUAACUAAUGCAGUAAAAGAGAAUCAUUCUAAUGACGACGAACAUUUGUCAUACCUAAAAGAUAUAUUAAACAUUACUCAAGGAAACACAACUGCUAAGAGAAGUAUGAAAUACGACGACUUGGUGGUCGAUAGAAUUGAUUUGAUUGAAACGUUUAAUAAUAGUAAUGAUAUUGAUAAAAAUUUAAGUAGAGAAAAAGAGUGGCAAACUGUUCCGGUGCCGGAUAAAAAUACAUAUGAAAUCCUUCAAGAAACCACAACAGAAUCGGCAACACCAAAGCCCAUUACAGAAAAAGGACUAGUAAAAGUACUUUCAAUGUUAACUCGUACAUUCAAAAAAAUAAUGAAGCAGCACAACGCCAUUAAACUAAUUCACGAUCAAAUGAGCAACGCUAAUAAAGAAUUUGAAGAUAAAAUAGAAGAAAACACGAAAAAACUCAACGAAUUUGAUGCGAAAUAUUUGACAAUCUUGAAAUUCAUAGAUAAAUUAAAUAAUUUAGAAGAUUGUUUGAAGAACAAGGAAGAAGCCUUAAAAAAGAAAGAAGACACGAUGUCUAAGAGUAUGGCAGAUUUUGAGAAUCAACAAAACAAGUUCUUAGCUCAACAACAGCAGUUUUAUAACAUUCAAAAGAUGAUGCUUUUACAAAAUGAAAAGAUUAAUGAAAAACAAAACUCAAUUGCAAAAAUUCAGAAUGAAAUAUCUCACAGGCAAAACAGUUUUGCUAGAGUACUUAAAAAGGCUAAACAAAACGCUCAAAGUAAUAAAUACCUUAAGGUUAAUGCAGAUUUAAUAGGACCAAAAGCAAAUAGAGAAAAUAUUACAACUACAAACGAUCCUACUACUACAACAGAACGGACGACAUCAAUAGAACCUAUUAAAAUAAGCUUAUUAUCUGUACCACCUAGUAACAUUAUAGAAAAUCAAGAUCAGCUGAUGCUAAAAGAAAAAGAUGACAAAUCAGUAGACGACUUAAUUUAUAAAUACUACUUCAAUAACACGUUUAUCGACACAAUUAUAAAGAACAAAAUACUUGGAGGGAUUCAAAUAGGAGAUAAAACGAGCAUAGCAAGAAGCGCUAAACUUGCAGCGAAAAGAAAUCAGAAGAAGUUUGCUAAAAACGUAACAAAAAUUAAAACAACUCUAUUGUUUCCUGUAGAUAAAAUCAGUUUUAAGCGAGAACGAAGAUGGAUAAACCAUCACUCAGCACGUAAACAUAGAAAACGGCAUCAUAGCAAGGGACACCCGCUUUUGAAAGACAGUCAAAUGAAACAUGAUAUUUCAUCCACAACUGAACCUCCGAAGGUGGUUAAGGAAUCGGAUCUAAAAUCAAAAGACCCCUUUCAGAUGAUGGCUACAACUUUCUGUAAAGAGAUAGGACAGAGUAGCACACAACAGAUAUUGGACUGGUGUGUCGAAAAGGCAAUCAGGCGUUUGAGUACUUUAGAUCGAAACAUGAUGGCGCCUAAUAUUGUGCCCAUUCUGCCAAAACAACCAAAUGGGACGGUUGUCACUCGAGAAACUACCACACCAACGAUAUCCACUACAACUACAACAACUACUAAACACAUCACUGAAGCACCCGUCUCCAUAGCAACGACACCGCCAGCGUUAUUCGCCAAAGAUACGCAGAAAUUAGCAGCUAAAAUCGGACUGACUGGAAUCCAAUUUUUCCCAGACAACCAGGAAUUGGAACAAAAUUUAAAAGAUUUCGAUUUAAUUCCGGACACCGCUGGAAACGUGUAUUUUGAAGGAAGUCUACAUGCAAGCGAUAUAAUUGACGACAAGCAAAGCGAAGGUUUGUCCGACGUGCUGCCAGGCUACGACAGUAAUUCCAAGAUCGAGCUGGACCCCAACUACAUUCGCAUGCAGCUGAGAAAGAAACAUCUUCAAGCCAACAUUCUGCCGAAAAUAUGGAAAACCAAGAAAUGAAACAACAAUCAUGAAAAACUCGCUGUUGAUGGGAUUCCCCCAGAAGUUAUUUAAGAACAAAUCUUUGCCUUGGUUUCGGCUUCCGAUUAAAGUAUAGGUAGUAUUUUUUACAACAUGGUGCGUAAGUUAAAUAUUGCAAACUAAAAUGCAGUAGAGUCACGCCGUUUCGAUUUAGGGACUCGAAUUAGCGCUAUUCUUACGUGGCGAGUUACAUACUGUUUCUCAUCACACUUGCAAUGAAAAAAUAUGUGAAAAAGUUAAGGUACAGCGGGGCAAAUCUCGACUGAGGGGCAAAUGGACAC